AAACGGCCUUCGGUAAACUUCCAGCAACUACCGGAUUUUCCAAAACACAGCAUCCAUUUAACCUCCUUUAUUUGACAUGGUUGUUACAUGAUGGUUACAACCAUAGUGAUAAAGAUUUACCACUAAAUAUAAGAGGUGAAACGAUCAAGAGUCUUUAUAAAGAACGGCUCGAUUAUCAACUAGAUAAAUAUCAGCAUCCUCUACAAUCACGAUGGCAAUAUGAAUUAAUUAUGGCUGAACAAUUUCUUGAAAGGCGCGAAGUUCAUAUUGAAUUUGUUGCGUGGUUCCUUCCAAAAUUAAGAAAUCUAAAAAAAGUUCCAAGUUCGUAUCUUCAAAAAUGGGAGCUUUUUCAAAAUUGGCUUGACGACCCGGAAUUGAAUAUCGAAAUACAAUGUCUAGUGAAAUUUGGCCAGAAAUUUUACCGUCCAUUUACUGAAUUCCUUGUCGAUUAUGAUCCUCAACCGAGAAUUGUAGAGUCAGACAACUCACUAAAAUGUUUACC